GGACAGACCGAGAACUACAGUAGACCUACGCUAAAAUGGGUUCAAUCAGCUUUUGGAUGUGCUUGGUCAUGACGAUUUGCACCUGGAAUAAAACCAUCGGAUGCACAUGGAUGAAGACACUGCCUCGGUCUCCGAGCAUGUUCCAAGUGUUCAGCAACAACACCAUAACGAUGCUUCAGAAAAUGGGUCAUGAAGUCUCUCGAGGACCUCAGAUCACUUUCCCUGACAAACAAUACAGACAAGUCAAUAAUUUCAAGGCUGACGAACAGAUUGCCUUCAUUUCGCAUACUCUGAACGCUAUAAAGAAAUUGUACAGCAGUGGUAAAUAUGAGUCCACCGCCUGGGACCAGAAAGGAGUUGACAAGUUUAUGAAUGACCUCUAUCGCCAGACCUCGGAGCUGGACCAAUGCGUAAAGGCUAUGAAAACUAGACUGUCAAAAUCUGUCAACAGAGUGAACAAAAAGAUGAGCCUUCACUUCAAGUUCCUGAAGCAUUUCUUGAAACGCGAGGAUUACAGCGCGAGCGGCUGGGAAGACAUAAGGACAGUGGUGCUGGCACACCUACAAAGACUAGACACAACAUUAAGUAGCAAAUGAGCGUUAUGUGUGUGUUGUGU